CACACACACACACACACGUGCGCUCAUGGCUCAAGCACUCAUGCACUCACACAGAGAGAUACAGGCUGAGGUUAAGAAAACAUAGACAAGCAUCAGUUUUUUCCAGGGAGUCUCCAUUAUUUCUGGCUUGGGGUCUCUAAUGGUAUUUCAUUGUAAUUGCUAUGAUGUCAGAGUGUCCGUUCGCCCUAAUGGCCUUCUAAAAACAACAACAAGGACAGAUUGGUUCCAUUCACCGGUUGUUGUCCGGGCAGAGAGAGACACAGGAGUCCAGCUGCUCAAAUCCCCGCAAGAUCUUCAGCCGAAAAGGUGUUUUUUUUUCUGACAUCCAUUAAGUAUUGGGCAGCAUGCAUCUCCAACCCCUGUCCACCUCCUUCCUGCUCCUCCUCCUCCUGGUUGCCGUGGCAGCGGAGGUACGCCACGGCUUGACGACCACACUUCACGGCUUCCGAGGCUGCGCCGUGCGAGAGUUCUCCUUCGUGGCCCAGAAGCCGGGCUGCAAGGGACUGCGCAUCAGCACGGAGGCUUGCUGGGGGCGCUGUCACACCUGGGAGAAGCCUGUGCCGGAUCCCCCUUACAUCCAUCGACACCAUCGCGUGUGUACCUACAGUCGUAUCCGCCACAUGACCGCCCGCCUGCCGGGCUGCCAGCCCCACGUCUCCCCUCUCUACCACUAUCCCAUGGCUCUGCACUGCCACUGUGCCGGCUGCUCCACGCAGGACACAGAGUGUGAGACCUUCUGAUGGGCGGGACACUGCCGGCCAACAACAGCUCUGCUGAUAUGAGGAGCCCUGAAUAAAAUUAUGAAAUCAAGGCGUUGGAGCAAGUGUGCUACUUGACAUGUGGUGACCUAGAAACACUGAAGAUAUGUGUGUAUUAUACAUAUGCAUGUAAGAAAGGAGGUGUAACCAAUAUACUGUACUUAAAUCUUGAGGUGGAAAAACGUUUCACAAUAAUAACUUCUCAAUAUCCUCUUGGUUGAAGUUUAUUAUUUUAUUGAAGGUGACAUGAUGCAUACACAUUGUACAGAGACCAAUGACAAACUUGUUUCCUACACGUCAUAUUUAGAUGGAUGAGAUUAGUCAUAGACCGCCAAAGUAUAAUAAGUAACUUUUUUCUUAUCACUCCUGUAAGAUGAUUUUUACUUUAUUACAUACUUCAUUCCAUUACUUGUUCUAUGACUAUGUUUGUAUUAGUUAGAGCACAAAAGUAAAUCAGUCUGUAUUGGUCAA